CGCACGCACGCACACACUCUCGCUUGCUCGCUCGCUCGCUCACGUACGGGAACUUCUGUACGCUCUUCUUGCGCUGCUGCUGCUACUCGCGGUGCUCGCGCGGCCAUAAAAACAAGCCAUUCCGUAACCGUCCUACAAACACAGAGGUCGCAGCAGUUUGCUCCUAGCUUUAUUUUGGUUUACGCUUGCCGCUUUUUGGCCGCAUUAGAUCGUGUUUGGAGCGAGGCACGUAGUGUUGAAAAGGACCCCCAAAAGUUGGAACCGCGUAGUGUGUUGACUACAGGUGCACAGAGGCUGUUCGGUGAAAUGUCGCGGAGAAAGUAGUGGCGGUGUAACGCGGCGGUGACCAUCAGCCUCAACAGCCCCAUCGUCGUCGUGGUCGACGCUUCCGGGAAAUCCACAAGCACCGCGCAACUCUAUUCCGCGCUCAAGUUUCCCCUUUUCUAUUUCCGCUCUUGUCUCUCUCUCUCUCUUUCUCUCUCUCUCUCUCUCUCUCUCUCUCUCUCUCUCUCUCUCUCUAUCUAUCUAUCAUUCGCUCUCGCGGUCCAGCAACGUGAUCGUGCUGGUAAACAAAAUCUCUGCAGCUUGGCAGAGUAGCAGUAGACCGCCCCCGAAAAUCCAUCCGACGUCCAUCAACCACCACGGAGCCACCACGGAAGAGCCGCUUUUUGUUUGAGGCCAAAGACCUUUUCGUCGGCGCUUAUUGACACGCGUGGCGCGUGUGUGUGGUGGACGCGUUGGACGUUGGGCCUGCUUGCUGGGUUCGCUCGUGAGCCUACCUCGACGGGUCUGUUAGAUGAGAUGAGUUGCAACCAAAGAUCACUCACCGCUUCUCAUCACGCCGGUACCUCCUAGGGGACAGGCAGAGAACAAAAAAAAAACAAAAAGGGCGCCAUCGUCUACAUUGACUGCGUCUUUUCGCCCGCAUGAUGGAACAGCAAUCGGCAAUUGAUGGUAUUGGCGCCGGUGCAGCUGUAUCGACCAAUGAUCGGCCACUCAGUCUCUACGACAAUCUGACGACAAUGGUUGCCAGUGCACCAGGUGCCGGUUCCGGGGGCCGCACGAUUCAUUUCCCCGACAUACAGUUCCGCUUCGAUGAGAGCAUUGCGGCGACAACCCAGCCACUGGAUCGGCAUCGCCGCCCGCACCACACCUCCGCCCGUUCCAAUUUCUUUGGGCUGAGCAGCAGCAGCACCAGUCCCCCAGGACGGACAGAUGCCGACAACGGCGACGAGCAGGAAGACCGCAGGAACGGUCGGACAACACCACUACCACCAGAAGCACCCUCGAUGGCAUCAUCUACACCGUCGGCAUCAAGGACGGAUGACGCUGUGGAUAUGUCCACCCUCAGUGUGCCUGAUGCUUCGGCCUCACCGAAUUCGACCGCAUCCACCGUGCUGCUAUCCUCCGCAUGCCCAAGCCCGGCCCGGGAAUCACCCGGGCAGCAGCAGCAGCAACAGGUCCCUGUCGCACCACGUAUCUCACGCCCCAACUCGACCAUCAAAAGCAUCACCAUUCAACUGCCGCCCGAUGCCGCCAUCAACCGUGGCAGCCUAUCCGAGGCCAUCUACAUGACGACGACCGUGCCGCAGAACUUCGCCAAAAACGCCAGCACGCUGAUCGGGCGCCACAAACCGACCCGCAGCAGCCUCCGCCACAGCCGGAUGCUGCUGCAGAACAGCAGCAGCAAGGCGUACCAGCAGCAGCGUUAUCAGCGCGGUAAUUCCUUCAAUCUGCGCCAUCUGGGGCUCAGCAAGGGCCUGAUGGUGCUGCAAAUACUGAUCGGGGCAUUGCUCAGCCUGAUCGGGCUCACGAUCAUGGUCUGGUCCCCGUCCACGCACACCAAGGACAACCCGUACUGGUCUGGGCUAACGCUCAUUCUCUGCGGUACUAUGUUCCUAGUGCUGUUUGCCUUCAAGCGGCCCGACCGGCGGCAGCGGCUGGUAGUCGGCAGUGGUGGCAAGGCUUCGGUAGUGGUAACGGCAGCAGCAAUCGGUGCCACCACCGACCGGCCACCGGUUUCACGGAACUGUGUCCGCGAGAACUGCUUCCAUGUGCUGCGGGUGAAUGCACUCGUCGUGCUGGUGCUCACCAUCUUCUUCACUCUGCUCGCCUUCAUCUAUGCGCUCAUCCACGCGACCAACCUGUCCUCGCCGGAUCUGCGCUGCGUGCCCGAGUUUAGCUUUAACGUGAACGCGUCCACCUGUGUCUGCACGCUAGAUCCGCACCGUACUGUACCGGAGAGACCAGGUGGUGAAGCGAGCCCGCCUGCCGGUACCAAUCGGUCGCUAGAAGACGAUGGUCAUCGGCUGGAGUACCGCGACUUCAACUGCAACGAGGUGCUAAGCAUCUGGUAUUACGUGAUGAUCGUAUCGACGGUGCUCAACAGUCUCGGUUGCCUGCUGGCAGCCAGUUUUCUUCUAAUCUAUGGCAUCGAGUGUAUGCGUAAUGACGGCAUGGACCAUGCUCCGGCGCUUCUUCAACGGAAAACCAACGGAGAGAGUGCACCAACCGGGCAUGGUGAGAUGGAAACUGAUGGUGGUACGGCUGCCGAGCCCGAGGCCAGCUUCAAACAUCGCGAUUCAGCAAGCAAUCAGCCACUGCUGACGACCGUACGCAUCCUGAACACGAACCUGGUCGAAGCUAAGACAGCUGCUGCCGAUCAGCAGCCAGAUUCGGCUAUGUUGCGUGCUCGGGGGGAUGGAAGCGACCAGGAACUGUCCCCCUAACCAUUCCGUUUGGCCGU